CGCAGACCGGAAGUGUUAGCCUGGCUAGCUGUAUGCUAGCUGUGUGGAUGUGUGCAGCUAGCUGGAAGACGAUGGUGUCGUGUCGCAGAUAAAUGUUCGAGCGCUGAUGAAGCAACGAUGUCUUCAGUUCAGUGUCUGAGAGACUUUGUCCACGAGCGACUAACUGCUGCUGCUGAAGAGAUAUUCAGAGUGUUCGAACAAACUGUCCUCGAGUACGAGGAAGAGAUCGAUCGACAGAGAAGACUGUUGGACAUCGCGUGGAAACCGGAGAUAAAGCUCCACAGGACAGAGUUCCCCCAGAAACAUGUCUGGAAGAAGAGGAAGACUCUCACCGCCCAGCAGCUCAGUGCCCGGGACAGGAACUCAGGUCUGGACCAAGAGGAUCCUGCUGCUGCUGGAGAAAGACCUGGAGUCAGCGGAAGUAUUAUCCACUUCAAUGAAGAGGUCGAUCGACAGCGCAGACUGCUGGACAUCGUUUGGAGCCCGGAGACAGAGCUCCAGAGGACAGAGCUUCCAGAGCAACACGUCUGUAAGGAGGAGGAGCUUCUCACUGACCAGGAGAGGAACCCCAGUCUGGACCAAGAGGAUCCAGAGCCUCCACAGAUUAAAGAGGAGCAGGAGGAGGUCUGCACCAGUCAGGAGGGAGAGCAGCUUGUCCUGAAGCAGGAGGACGACACCUUCAUGUUGACGUCUCCUUAUGAGGGAAGUGAUCACAGUGAACCAGAACCAACCAGUGAGGAGCAGCUCCUCUCCCACAUCUCUCCUGGAGCUGAGAGCCAAGUUCAGGGAGGAGUUGUGCAUGUGGACCCAGGACCGACUGGAGAUGAAGAGUCUCAGAGAAACAACUCCCCCCCGACACAGAGUCCCUGCAGCACUCACACAGGGAAGACGUCUUUCUCAUGUGACACUUGUGGAAAAGGGUUUGAUGUCAAGUCCAAACUGAACACACAUGUGAGAAUCCACACAGGAGAGAAGUCGUUUUCUUGUGAAACUUGUGGGAAAUUUCUCACCUCUAAGUUGGGCUUUUUGAUCCACAUGAGAAACCACACAGGUGAGAAGCCGUACACCUGCAACACAUGUGGGAAACAAUUUAGCAACAACUCUGCAUUGAGAACACACAAAAGAACCCACACGGGUGAGAGGCCGUUUUCUUGUGACACCUGUGGGAAAACAUUCGGUCGGAAGGUUCACCUGGAGGAGCACAUCAGCCGUCACACGGGCGAGAGACCGUUUUUCUGCAAACUCUGUGGGAAGAAUUUCAAACAGCGGUCGGCUCUGAGAGUUCACAUGAGACUCCACACGGGCGAGAGGCCGUUUUCAUGUGAGCUGUGUCAGAAAACCUUCUUGACCAAUUCAAACUUGCUGGUCCACAUGAGGGCUCACACAGGUGAGAAGCCAUAUUCCUGUGACACUUGUGGGAAAGCUUUUCUCUGUAAGUCCAGGUUGACCCUUCACCUGAGGGUCCACACGGGUGAGAGGCCGUUCUCUUGUGACUUCUGUGGAAAAACAUUCACUCGGAAGGUUCACUUAGAAGAGCACAUUCGUCGCCACACGGGAGAGAGACCGUUUUUCUGUGAAAUAUGCGGGAAAAAUUUCAAACAGAGGUCGGCCCUGAGAGGUCACAUGAGACUCCACACGGGUGAGAAGCCAUAUAUCUGCAACAUGUGUGGGAUGAGCUUUAUUCACGCAGCAUCCUUAAGAAAGCACAUUAGGAUCCACACGGAGGAAAAGUUGUUAAUCCCCGAAGAUGUGGGAGAGAUUCACCGUGUUGUGGUGAAUUGACUGAACGUGACCAGAGUCCUCACUGGUGAGAAACCACAUCACUGCAGCACCUGAUGGGAAAGAGAACUAGACGUGUCUCGGUUAGGAGGUCACCUGGGAUCACAGACAGUACAGUCACAUGUGGUGCAGUUGUGUGUUUCAUGGAAACGACGCACAAGAAGCCACAGAAGUGAAGAGCCACAUAAUCAAAGCUCUUUCCUGAAGUGGUUCUAAUCCACCCAGUUGAGAGAACAGCUGAGAAUCAGUUUCCACAGAAGUAACCAUCAAGACGAAGCUUGUGGAGACGAGUUGAUCCUCGUGACCGUGCUCCUCACGUUUCUGUGUGCAGCAGUAUUUCUCUGAAACAACCGGGAGCCUCCGAGUCUUCAGAGAGUCCCUCGUUCAUACAAAUGCUACAGCCUUUGUAGCUACAGCUACAGCCACUGUGCUGUCAUUAAAAUGCAGAAUAGUUAUAAAAUAUAACUUAUAUGAAAACAUAAAAUAUUCCAUUGAUUGUCUUUAUACCGCAGCUGGAAUUCACAGAUAUUAAAUAUAUUAUCACGGUUAAUAAAAAAAGUAAAUAUGAUGUUUUUGUAGUCAGUUCAAUUUACUUCAGUUUAAGUUACUGCUCUGAAAAACCAUAACAUUCAAACACUGAGUAAAAUACAAACAAAUAUUGUAGAGGUCAGAAAUUUGGAGAUGAGAGUUGUGUAUUUAUUCUCCUGCCUGCUCCAAGUAUAGUCCCCCCCCCCCAUGUUAAAUGGACUCAAGGUUCCCAUCUGGUGGCGGCAGCAGUGCCUCACACUCACAAACGUUCAUCCUGCGUGAAGCACUAAAGGACCAAGACAAGGGCACAGACAACCUAUCAGCAUUUUACCCUGCAUAUUAAAAAAUAAGAAUAUAAUUGCACAUGUACCCUUUUAAAAUGAGUUAAAUCACACAAAACGAUUUCCCGACACACAACUUCAGGUUGUCAACAGUGGGACACUAGUAAACAUAAACCAUCUUACUAUUAAUUAACCUCACACAUUCAUAACAACAAAACACUUAUAAUAUAAUCCCAGAGUGUGAGUUAAUGUCAAUGUUAUGAUCUGCCAAUACCAAUGUGUUAACACUAUGUAGGAGGUUAACCAGAAACAGCACAGUACAGGGAACUAACAAAGAAUAAGGACUUCCAAUAAUAUACUUUCAAAUACGUGGAUAAAGUAAAUGUUUUUUACCUUAGUGUUUCUUUUAAUUAAUGAUAUAACUUUGUACGUUUUAAUCCUAUAAUUUCUAGUUACACUGCUCAGUUGUAAAGCUGCUGUUGUAUAAUCAUACCAGAACCUUUUCCUCAUGAGAGUACACACUCUACCACAACCUGCCAACAGGCAUCUGCUUCAUACAACAUCAGAGACUCCUGGGAAUGACACACACACACACACUUGGCUGAGUGUGUGUCAGUUCAGUGUUAACUUGAUGAGCUGCUCUGUUCUACAGUUGAACCACAGUUGUUUUCCUGUGUGUGUGCGUCCAGAGCAAAGUACCUUAGUUGUUUAUUUGUCGGCCACAUCGUCACUGCAUCUGUGUGUGUCUUUGUUGUGUAAUCUUCGUGACUGCUUUAUUCCUUGUUAGCUUGUGUUUUAGCCUGUGCAUUGUAGCUAAGCUAAAGGCUACUGGAUAGCUGUGUGGCUGAUAAGGUUUAUAAUGAUUGCUCUUUUAUUUGUAGAACCACACACACACAGACACACACAUCUUUCUGUUGAAACUCUGCUGGAUUAAAGAGCAGGAAACUGAACAA